CAAACGCAAAAAGAACUAAAAAAACUACAUUUUUAUUAAUUUUAAAUGUUUUAAGUUUGUAAUUAUUAGUUUAAAUGUUUAUUUGCUUCUAAAAUUGUUUAAUUUUAAUGUUUUUCUUUAUUUUAUUGUAUUUUUAGUUGUAGUGGGGGUUGAAUAUCUAGUUACUUUCACGUUGAUGGUAACACGCGUCGCAGUCGUCUGGUGACUUUCGUGCGCGUCGGUCGUUCGUUCAAAACUUUUCAAUUUGCGCUUGUUUUAAACACAAUUUUAAACAUUAAACAUUUUAAAACCAACGCAGACAAGACUCAAGUUUAUAAAGAAAUAGUUUUUAGUAUUGUUGCAAAACAUGGUGUCGAAUAAUCGUGCAGAAAAGAUUCUAGAAGGCUUCCAAAUUAAUUGGAUUUGCCUGAAAGACUUGGAUGGUGGCAAGGUGUUCUGGCAGGGCACCGAUGACCUCAGCCAGAACGAUCAUGAACACGAAGCGCACGUUCCGAAGCAUAUUUUGAAAUGUCGCGCGUUGUCACGCGAGUUUUGCUUCAGCUCCAAGGAAGGAAUUGAAAAGUUUAGACUUGAACAGAAAGUCCUUUUUAAGGGUCGUUGUCUUGAAGAAUGGUAUUUUGAGUUUGGUUAUGUGAUGGCAGAGAGUAAAAAUACCUGGCAGAGUGUGAUGCAAGGCCCCGAGUCGGAAAUGAUGCCUGCGUCGGUUUUGAAUGGAAAUAUCGUUAUCGAGACGAAAUUCUUCGACGACGAGCUGCUCAUCACUACCUCCAAGCUCCGGCUCUUCUACGAAUAGACUAAACACACAUAUUUUUAUAAUUAAUCAGUUACCAAGGGUCCAAUCACUUAAUUUCUGCACAAAAAUGACAAUUAUAGUGAGAACAAUCAACGAAAACCUACACCAAAACACAUUAGACUUAGCAUUUGUAAAAAAAAAAAACUUGUACUAUAAGUUGUUGAGGGGUGCAAUAUAGAUGGCAGCAGUGUGCGGGACGCAGUUGCCGCCCCCCUGGGCGCGCGUAGUGGCGGCGCGAUUAUGUGGGUCAGCGCAGUUCAUGCACCUUUUUGCGCGUCUGCGCGUGUGCCCAUUAUGUGGGUCACAUCUCGCCCACCGCCGCCGCAGCGCGCAGGGGUGGCAGUCGUUGCCUGGGGGCGGCACGCUAACACACUCGCGCGCGCAGGGAGACACGAUGGCGGCAGCACGGGUAGCUUAGCUAAACAAGGAUUAUCUACUUUCUC